ACAUGGGCUCCAGACAAAUCUGCUGAUUUGGGUUUCAUUUUGGUUAUUGUCCACAUCUACCAACAUUAUGCCACUUUCAGUGAAACGUUACACUUGGGAAUCUAAUUAUUACACGACUUUUUGAUCCUUGCUACAAUUUUUUCCCCAUCCAAAAUUGGUACGUCUUGUUAUUUAUUCUGGGAAAGAAGCCGUCGUUUCUCUUGCGGCCAAUGUCAAUGUUUACACAAGAAAUGCACCUUCAAUGUUGGACUGUCUGUUUUUAUGUGUUGGAGGUCAGCGUUGCUCUAGGGUCUUGGUUUCAUCAGAAAUUUCGGUGUUCACAUUCUGUUUUCUUAAUGGGACAGUCGUCUGCUUGUGAAGGAAAUAACUUGAGACUGCCUGACAUCGUCACCUUUCGGGAAUAUACAUCUUUUACCGGGAGAGGCACUCGCCAAUCGGACUACAAGACAGUGUUUCUUGAGACCAGCUGACAUUUUGUCUACUGCUUCUGCGUCCGAACCCUAACACCCGUGUCAACAUGGGACUUAUUUCCAAAGAGGAUCGAGUGAAAGGGCUCUUCAACGCUUCUUCAGCUGAAAGCCUGCAUAUUCCUUCAGACCCUCCUAGCGAGGAUGAACUUCCCCCUCCAGCCCCAGUACUGAUAAACCUCCACCAUAACCACCAUCCUCCUGGACCCAAGCCCAGGGUACGACCAAUACCAACUGCCUUUUUUCACCUCCGCAAGUGUUUGGGAAAGAAGAAGUCACGUCGGUACCAAGAUGUGAGCAGCCUCAUGACAUUAGUUGAAGAAGAUGAGUUCGGAGAAGUGUCUAUUACAGAUCUGGCCCCCUGCCAUGACACCCAAUUUGCUCAGCUCUUAAAUGACCGCUCGUCUAUGGCAAAGUGGAAUGAAUUUGCAGAAAGUAGCGAGGAGGCCCAGCAACGGUUUUUGAAUCAAUUUUGUGAAAGAGGCCAAAUUAAACAUAAGAAGGGAAGUAACGGAGAGAUCCUUUCUGGAGAAGAUGCAUUCCAGAACAUUGAUGUUAGCUUGCGCACAGUCCUACGUAAGAGCAAGGUUCCUCUUGGUCUUCUUUCUUACAUGGAAGAGAAGCUGACAACAUUCUUUCUUGAGCAGCCUUUGGAAAUUUUUAUAUCUGAAAACUUGUCCAGUUUUGAACGCCUUUUGUUACACGCGAUCUCCCAGUAUCAUCAAUUGUUUUCACAUAGUUUUGAUGCUGCUGAUGAUUCCAAUGGUAGAUAUGUGAAAGUUGUGAACCCCCAUCAAGACUUCAGAGUCCCUGUGUUAUCAUUGGUAGACUUCUUGAGUAUACGUAAAGAUAUGUAAUGUUCAAUACUCGAAGGGGCUUGUAUUUGUAUCAGAAGAUUAUAGCUUUAAGUGAAGUUUUAAGCAAACUGUGCUUCAAGAAAACUUUGACAGGUAGUUUCUUAAUUUUGAACUUGCUGGUUACAAACUACAGCCCAUUUGAAAUUGUAUCAUAUUCCUUAUGGUUGUUCUCAUGCAAUUAAUUUUUAAUUGUUACCUUUAUUUAGGUUUUUGUCCUUGAAAGUUUUGUCAAGAAGUUUUUCUUAGUUUAAAAGGUACUGUUAGUGUUUGUCACAGUACAAUGUUGAAUUGGGUUUCCUUAUCUUUUCAAGAUAUGCAUUAUUAUUUUUUCCCAUAAAAUUAUGGGUUUUACAUUGGUUCAAUAUCUAUCUCUAUCAGUCUGCUGAUAAUUUGACUGAAAACGUGUUCACUUUUGAAUUGGAAAGUUUGAAAUUGCUUUACAGGGUUGACCUAUGACUUAAUAUUUAAAAAAUCAUAAUAUGUGUUAAGGCUUACUGACCAUGCUUGGUCUCUUGUUUAAAUUGUUGCCUUUGCGUGUGUGUGUGAUUUAAAUUAAUUACUGACUUGAAUUUGGGGUAUAAUUGGUUAAUAACCGUAAGACAAGAUUCACUAGUUAUUAACUGCCUAGCGUGGUACUGAACAUACCACUGUUCUAAACUACUGGACUCUUACGAAUUUUGUAUGCAGGUCUGUGUACUGUGGACAUUUAAUCAUUCAAUUAGGUAAUAAAUUUUAAAUAAAAUUA